UCUAUAAUAAAAACAAACACAUAGUGAUGAAAUCCUCACUCUGCACCUCUUAAUUUCCCUUCUCUUUAAAGCCAAAAACUUUCAACAUAUUUAAUUCUUCAUAUCUCCAUCUCCCUACUCAUUCGUUUUCUUCUUUUCUAGAGGCAAUUAGGGUUUUGAUCCAUCUUUAUUUUCUUGCUUCUAUAUGAUGGUUAACUAAUUCUUUGAUCAUGUGAAUAUAGUUAAAGAAAAAUGUUACAAUGAAAGCUAUGAGUAUAACUUUAUUAAUUUUCUCCAUCAAAGAAAUUAUUAUUGCAUUUCUCCUUCUUCUACUUCUCUCUCCUAAUACCUAUUCCUUAAACCCUAUUAAACAUGAAACCCUAGACUCUACAAAGGAUGUUUUAGCUGAAGAGAAAUCAAGAUUGGGUUCGAUGCCACCGAGUUGUUAUAACAAGUGUAACCAAUGUCAUCCAUGCAGGGCAAUUCAGGUACCGAGCUUACCAAGUCAUAAUGGAGUCGAACCAAGUGGCGAUGUGGCUCGAACCCAAGCUAGGUCUAUGGACUACAGUACUAUAGAGUCAUCGCUUUCACAUGCAGGAGCUAGCAGGUACUCGAAUUACAAGCCACUCGGAUGGAAAUGCAGAUGUGGGGGUCACUUCUACAAUCCCUAGCUCUAAAUUAUCUACUUCUUUUUAAAAAAUGAGUUUAUGAUGUUAAUAGAGGGAGCAAACAGACGCUCGGAAAAGUUCUUGAGAUUCUCAAAUCACUCUUUUUAGGAAAGCAGCAAGAGUUACAAUAAUUAACAUAUGAAAUAUGUAAAUUUUUUUAAAAAAAUUAAUAAUUUGUAAAAAUUAGAGUGAGUCAAGUCAAGACAUUAAAUGAGGUUGUUAUAGGUAGCAUUUACUAUGGUGUACAUGUUUGAUAAUUAAAUACUGAUCGAUUGGUAAGGGGUGUUAAAUAAAUGUAGUGAGGUAGGUUUUGGAUAUUUGGAUCUUGUGAAAGUAUUUUUCACACUACCAGCUUUAAUUUAUUGAAUAUGAGAUGUUAUUACUUUAUCUA